AUGACUGAAAAAACAUUACAACAAACUAUUAUUCAAGAUAUCUCCACAAAUUAAAUUUACAUUGAAUCAGUUUCAAUUAAUAUGGAAUCUCGAUUUGAAACUUAUUAUAAAUAUCUUCAAUAAAGAGAUGGAGAUGACUAAAAUAGUUAUUAUUUAUUGAAUGAUUUUACAUAAAAGACUUUAAAUAAUUUAGAAGUGUUAUAAAAUAGUGGAAUUUAAUAAAGGAAAUUUGAAUGUUGA